UGGAUGUCAAGGGAGCAACAAGGGACUGAUACGGAUAUAAAUAGUGAAAUUUGUGAAAAAUAAAUUAAAAGAACAAAUAAAAAAUAUUAAUAUUAAUAAUAAAAAAAAUAAACCAAAAAAAAUAAAUAAUUGUAAAUAAAUAAAUAUGUUAACGUGAAAAAAAUAUUAAAUAUAAAAAAAAAAAUAUUGACCAAAAAUUGAAAGUGAAUUUUAAUAAGAAUUAAUUACAAAUUUUAUAAUAAUAAAUUAUUAAAAAUUACAAAAUAUAUCAAAAUAAGUGAGAAAUAAAUAUGCCAGACGAACUUUUUCCAGAUCAAAUAAAGAUGGAUGUUGUGAACAAAUGCGCUUCUACCGACAACGACAUGUCUCACUCCAACCGGUUAUCGUCUUUCUCGAGUCUCACAAGCAACAUGUCACACCUCAAACUGACGGAACUUCAGCGUUUUUACACCGGAGCCAAUAUUUUUAUCACUGGAGGCACAGGAUUCAUGGGAAAAAUGUUGCUCGAGAAGCUCCUUCGCACAUGCACGGGCAUCGAAAACAUCUACUUGCUCAUAAGACCGAAGAAAAAUAAGGAUAUUCACACGCGAAUAGACGAGCUCUUUGACGAUUUGCUCUUUGAGAAGCUGAAAAACGAAGUGCCCAAGUUUCGUCACAAAUUGGUAGCCAUAAACGGGGAUUGCGGGCAAGCGGGACUCGGAAUUAGCUUGACAGACCGACAAACAUUGAUGCAAAACGUGAAUAUUGUCAUUCAUGCCGCCGCUACGGUGAGAUUUGAUGAAAAGCUCAAGUUGGCAAUUAGUAUAAAUGUUCACGGGACGAAAGAUAUUUUAAGUUUGUGCAACGAAAUGAAGCAUUUGAAGUCGGUAAUUCAUGUGUCAACAGCAUAUUCCAAUUGUCAUUUGCGUCACAUUGAAGAAAAAUUCUACCAAUAUCCCAUUCAAAUCGACGAUUUAGAGAACCUCGUUGAGAAAUUCGACGACGAAGCUCUUGCGGAAUUGACGCCACGAAUUUUAGGAAAUUGGCCCAACACAUAUGCCUUCACGAAAGCCCUUGCCGAAGAUGUUGUCCGUAGAAAUUGCAAAAAGCUCCCUCUGGGCAUCUUCAGACCCGCAAUUGUCACGUCAUCCGCCAAGGAGCCCGUUAUCGGGUGGAUCGACAACCUCUAUGGACCAACGGGAGUCGUUGCCGGAGCCGGCACUGGCAUUCUUCGGACCAUGCAUUGUGACAAAGACAUAAAUGCGAAUAUUGUGCCCGUGGAUUAUACCGUAAAUGCGCUAAUUGCGAGUGUUUGGGAUGUCGCCAAGGCUCACGAGAAGCAUCCUGCCGAAGAGAUUCCAAUUUACAAUUAUGUGUCAUCCGUCGAAAAUCCCAUCACGUGGGGCGACUUUACAGACUUGAACAUCAAUUACGGGUUUGAAUUUCCAUUUUCAAGUGCCAUUUGGUACCUCUCUUUUCGCAUGCAUCGAAGUGCUGCCAUCAACAGUUUGUACAUGUUAUUUUUGCAUUUUUUGCCUGCUUUGUUGAUUGAUUCGUUGGCCAUGAUUGUGGGACAGAAACCGAGACUCUUAAAAAUCUACAAAAAAGUCCACAAAUUCUCCAACGUAAUCUCCUUUUUCUGCACCAACGAAUGGGUCUUCACGAACAACAAUGUGCAAAAAUUGUGGCUCAAACUCGACGAAAGUGACCAAAAACUCUUCGAUUUCAACUUGAAAGGUCUCGAUUGGUUCGAAUAUCUUCGUUAUUACAUCCGUGGCAUGCGCGUUUAUCUCAUGAAGGACGACUUAUCCACGCUAGAGGCCUCAAAACGGAAAUGGAAUCGCUUUUACUGGUUACAUCAACUCCUAAAACUAUUCUUGGCGGCAACCGCUUUAUAUUUCGUCGGCACACUCGUGUAUAAUUUUAGUCAUUAAUUACGUGUCUUGUAAAAAAAAAAUAAUUUAGAAAUUAAUUUUGUUUUUUUUUUGUGCGUUUUUGAAUUUAGACAUAAUUAAAUAUUUUUUAAUUAUUUUUUAAGAUAACGAAGUAUUUGAUAUUUUUAUAGGUUUCUAGCUUUAUAAUCGAAUAAUUUUAUUAUAAUAAUAAAAAUAUUUCAAUUUUUUCUGUUAUUAUUUUGUAACAUAUAUAAAUCAUGUAAAAAUAUAUAAAUAAUAUAAUUAAUUAUAAAAAUAAAUAAAAAAAAUAUUAUUUCAAAAAAAAA